AUGGAUGCCAUGAAGAUUACUGCAGUGCUAUUCCUGAGCUACAUUUGCUUUUCAUCAUCUAUGGCCAUUUGCCCUAAUCAAUGUACUUGCUAUUUCUCUGACAAUACCACAGCUGUGAUUUGUGUCUCAAUUGAAUCUCUUUAUGAAGUACCAGAAAACAUUCCGCCCAAUGCAACAAGAAUAUCGUUAGAAUUCACCAACAUUGGCAUCAUAGAAGAAAAGGAUUUUCUUGGAUUUCACCAACUUGAAGAGCUUCAUCUCUCAAACAACAGAUUGACAAACAUCUCUUCAGGUGCACUAAAAGGCCUUCAUCAGCUGAGAAUCUUGGAUUUAACCAACAAUUUGCUGACUACAAUUGCACCAGAAUUAUUUAGUACCUCUUUUAAUUUAACCACAUUGGUGUUACUUGGAAACAAGUUGCAAACUGUAAAUCCAUUAUGGUUUCAUCAUCUUCAUAGCCUUGAAUCAUUGGAUUUAUCGAACAAUAUGUUGAAAUCAUUACCUCCCAAUUCAUUUCAAAACCUGACUAAUCUGAUAACACUUGAUCUUUCCAGUAAUAAACUUGAACAUUUAUCCAUUGAUUUAUUUAACAAAAUGUCUAAACUGGAGAGGUUAAAUCUGGGCGAUAAUCAGUUGCGCAGUGUUCUUCCUGGUAUCUUUGACCAUUUGCUCAAUUUAGAAUAUUUGUUUCUUAAUGCUAAUCAAAUUGGAAAGAUCCCAGUAGGACUGUUUAAUAAACUACUGAAGCUAGACACAAUGGAUCUUUCAAGCAACAAAUUAGAGUCAGUUCCUCCAGGAGUGUUUGAUAAACUUUUGCACAUCGGGACCAAAUGGCAACAAGGUUUAGAUGUCUCACUGAAUCCAUGGGUUUGUAACUGUGAUCUGAAGUAUCUGUGGAACUGGCUAACAAUGAAUUCCGAAAAAAUGUUUUCACUUGAUUCAACAGUAUGUGCAAAACCUGAAAUAGUCAGGGAGAAACAGAUCACAGCACUGACUGAAGUGGAGUUAAUGUGUUAAAGUAAUUGCCUUCUGAGUCAC